AACAUCAUGGUUACGUACGAAGAGGAUUUUGUGUUGAACUCACGAGGCAUGAAGUUGUUCACUUGUGUAUGGAAACCGGUUAAGCAAGAACCAAAGGCCAUGCUCUUCUUCUGCCAUGGCUACGCUGUAGAGUCCAGCAUCACCAUGAACAGCACAGCGACGAGGCUAGCCAAGGCCGGUUUUGCAGUCUAUGGAAUGGACUAUGAAGGUCACGGAAAAUCCGAGGGGUUAAGUGGUUACAUCAGUAGCUUUGAUGAUCUCGUUGAUGAUGUCUCUAUUCAUUACUCUACAAUUUGUGAGAAAGAAGAGAAUAAAGGGAAGAUGAGGUUCCUACUUGGAGAAUCCAUGGGAGGAGCAGUUGUGUUGCUCUUAGCAAGAAAGAAGCCAAAUUUUUGGGACGGUGCCGUUUUGGUCGCACCCAUGUGUAAGUUAGCUGAAGAGGUAAAGCCACAUCCAGUAGUGAUCACAAUUCUCAUAAAGCUUUGCUCGUUUAUUCCAACGUGGAAAAUAGUACCAGGAAACGAUAUUAUUGAUAUUGCAAUUAAAGAACCCCACAUCAGAAAUCAGGUUAGGGAGAACGAAUAUUGCUACAAAGGCCGGCCUCGUCUCAAAACCGCCUACGAACUAUUGUUGGUUAGCUUGGAUCUCGAGAAGAACCUUCAUGAG